UCUACGGGGCUGGGUGCGGAAAGGUGUGUACACUUCCCGAAUGCACAAGAAUUUCCCUUUUAUUUUGUUUCAGUAGGCAUCGAAGUCGAAAUCAGCCCUUUAGCGCUAAAAAUGCCCGUGUUCCACACUAAAACCAUCGAGUCAAUAUUGGAGCCUGUCGCUCAACAGGUCUCCACUCUGAUCAUUCUUCAUGAGGAAGCUGAAGAUGGCAAAGCAAUGCCUGACCUGGCUUUGCCAGUUAGAACAGUGGGAGCUGCUGUUGAAAAUCUUGUCAAGGUUGGCAGAGAAACUGCAUCUUCCAGUAAAGAUCAAAUCCUCAAACAAGAAAUGCCUCUUGCUUUUAAAAGAGUUGAGGAAUCCUCUAUUUUUCUUGUGGAAGCCUCCCAGAUUCUUAGAAGAGAUCCUUUCUCACCAGAGGCUCGUAAAAAGUUAAUUGAUGGUGCCAGAGGAAUUCUUUCAGGCACAUCUGCAUUACUUCUGACAUUUGAUGAAGCUGAAGUGCGUAAGAUUCUGAAGGUGUGCAAGGGAGUAUUGGAAUAUCUUGCUGUGUCUGAGGUUGUGGAGAGUAUGGAAGAACUAGUAACAUUUGUUAAAAACCUGACACCUGGAAUCACAGAAAUGGCGAAAAAGGUUGAAGGUCGCAUUGAGGAGCUGACUCACCAAGUUCAUGCUGACAUGUUAAGGAAGUCACUGAAUACUGUCAAAGCCAUGUCUACCCAAUUGAUCACUGCAAUUAAGACUUUUGUGCUGACUGUGCAAAGAGGUGGUCAGAACAUUCCUGAAGCCCAGGAAUACAGAAAUUAUGUUGUUGGCAAGAUGUCUUUUGAGAUCAGUGAGAUAAUAAGAGUGCUGCAAUACACAACAUAUGAAGAGGAAGGUGGCGAUGACCCCCUUAAUGACAUGAAGAAGGCCAUGUCUCUCUUUGACAGUAACAUGGGCCCGGCCCUGAAGUGGGUGAACACGCCCACUGAGUCAGCUGGAGGGUUAGGUGAGAAGGCUGUCAAAGAAUGCAUCACUCAAGGUCGUAAAUUUGCAGAUGCCAGUCAGGGUCCCGAUAAAGGCAGAAUAAGGAAAGUCUGUGAUGAUCUGGAUCGGUUAAUGGGAGAUUUGGCAGAGAUGAGAAGGCUAGGAAAAGGAACAGCCCCAGAAGGCUUGAAACUUAACAGAGAAGUUGCCCAGCAAUUAGAGGAUUUAAAUCAAGAAAUGCAGAAUGCCAUGUUAGGCCAAGAAUCGUCUGGUGUGCGCAGGCCAGCCAACACUUUUGUUGGCAAAAUGGAUCAGGUUCACCAGUGGGUGAACACCCCGUCAUCAGAUCCUGCAGGGUUAGGUGAACGAGCCAUUCGUGAGUGCAUUGACCAGGGUCGUGCUACAGCAGACAAAUGUUCUGGUCCAGAGAGAAGUGCAAUUCUAAAGCUUUGUGAUGAACUAGAUCAACUUACAGAUGAGCUUGCUAAUCUGAAGAGAAGGGGCAUGGGAAAUUCACCUCAAGCAGCUGCUACUGCUCAAAAGAUUGAAAGGAAGCUGGAGGAAUUGAACAAUAAAUUACAAAAUGCAAUCACAGCACAAGUUGCUGAGGACUUCAUGGACACUACAACAAAUUUGAAGCAGUUAGAGAAAGCGGCAAGAGCUCCACCGGAUGAACCAGGGCGCGAGGCUGAGUUUGAGAACAAGGCAGGUGCCUUUGAACAUCAAGCAAAUCAGAUUGCCAACACAGCAAUUCAACUGGCAAAUGCUGGAGGAAAUACCAACAGGAGAUUAUUGGAUCAGAUAAGGCAAAAUGCAGAAGAACUAAAAGAAUGGACCCCUCAAGUUUCCCACGUGGCUAAGAUCCUGUUGGAUUAUGGGAAAUAUUCACCUGGAGAUGUGCCUGCCGUCUCAGUCCAUUUUGAAAAUGUGCGGGACAUCUGGAAAGAGAAGAUGCAGACCCUAACUAAUCUGGUUGACAGUGCAACAGACACCUCCAAAUUUAUUGAAGCCUGUGAGGAGGCGAUCAAUCGAGAUGCUGAGAUGUGCAGUGCGGCAAUGGAACAGGGAAAUCCUCAGCUGGUGAUCUCGAAGAGCUCCAACAUCGCCCGGCGAGCCAAGCGGGUUGUGGAUGUUGCAGAGGCAGAGAUGGAAAAUUCAUUAGACCCUGAUUAUGCUGCAAAGAUGGCCGCAGCAAAGGAUAAUUUGGGACAAUGUAUCACGCCACUUGUGAUUGACGCAAAAGCUGUUGCUACUAAUCCAUCAGACAGGAAAGCGCAGGGAAAAUUGAGAGAUUCCACAAGAAAGCUUCAAGAUGCUGUACAUGGAGUGCGAGUGAUCGUAACCGGAUCCUCCCAGCCAGAGGAGGAGGAAGAAGACUUCCCGCCACCUCCACCGGACAUAUCAGGAUUGACCAUCGCCGUAACCCAAGCACCAGUGCAAGAAGUUCCUCCUCCACGCCCACCCCUUCCUCAAGAAACAGCGCAACCGCCACCACGCCCACCCCUCCCGUCUGAUGAAAUGAAAGAGGUUCAGAGUGUGUUGGAACAACCACCAGAAGACAACAGAAUGGCGAUGGCGGCUCAUCAUCUUCAUCGAGAAGCUCUGAAAUGGGAAGAAGAGGGAAAUGAACUUAUUCAAGCUGCUAAAAGAAUGGCUGUACUCUUUGCUAAGAUGUCCCAAUUUAUGAGAGAGGAAGAAGAUGGACAACCUCAACGCUCAAAAAAAGAGUUGAUCGCAUUGGCUAAAGAAAUAGCAGCAGCAAGCAAAGAGGUGUCUAAUUAUUCCGCUCAGAUUGCUAGAGAUUGUCCGGACAAAAGAGUAGCUCAGACAUUGAAGCAAACGAUAGAGAGAAUUCCUACCAUCAGUACUCAGCUUAAGAUUGUCGCCACUGUGAAAGCUACAAUGAUCGGAGCUGACGAUCCCAAGGCGGAUUGGGAGGCCACGGAAACUUUAGUCGGUUGUGCAGAGAACUUGAUGGGAGCUGUGCGGCAGGCCGUAAAAGAAACCGAGGCUGCCUCGGUUAAGAUGCGCUCAGUAACGAACAACUGGAAAAAACGAUAGGCAGAUAUAUGGCAGAUUGGAAACUUUUAUGAUGAUACGCUGGCCACCAACCCAUUUGUGUUCGGUGGAGGUUUAAAUGUAAUUAGCAGGGCGGAGAAGAGAGGGGUCAGCGGUAAAAAAUAUUUUGAAGAAUUAUGAGAGCGUUUUCACUAAGGUUUGAAAACUAAAAAAGCGAGUUCAACGGUUUUCCUGCGCGUAAAAAUCGGUAGAAAACAUUGGGUUUUACCAAAAAAAGAACACAACGUCAUGUAUUUUGAAAAAAAUGACGCUGAUCACCGUAGAGAUUGUGCUACCAGCAGUGUUUCCUAAGAGUUUAAGAGUAUAAUUGAUGAUGAUUUCACUAGGCCUUUAUUUCUGCGCCAAACUGAUAUUCUUCUGGGUGAUCAAGGCUGUAAACUUCAUGGAAAAUUAACUUUUAACCUCUUUUUUCACACUAUCAGCCAAAUUUAUUAGUGUGAGUUAUCUCAGAACGGAUAUAAAUCUCAGUUGUAAAAAUAGAUAUUCUUCGUUAUUUAGAUUUCUUUCACAAUUGUUAAUUGCAGUAUUUUUUAUCGCGUUUGAUUCUGUUUGUGGAGCGAAAACUUAUCUUGUGAGAAAUCUCGCCCACAGAGAGCGCACUAUGUAAUGUGGGAUAGACGUAGUUUAUAAUUCAUUUAGGAUCCUAGUCGAUUUAUAAUGAAAGGAAAUUAAUUUCAUUACUAAUGUAGUCACAACUAAUAAGUAAUAUAUUUUAAUAAUUAGGUCAAUAUUUGAACAAUUCAGAGUAGAGUUUCUGAGCGGCUUUCCUUCCUCGGAGUUAUUUCGCGAGUACAACAUUACUUAUAUUUUGUUUAAAAAAAGUAAAAAAUAAUUUCAGAAAAUGAAGAAAGGUGUUACUCAACUGUUAUUUAAAUCUUUAAAAGCAUUUGUAUCAACAUUGUGUUCCGAGGUUUACAAUAAUUUGCUUGGUAGAAUGGAAAGUAAUCAGCGAAAACUGGAAGGAGUGUUUGAGCUUUUGGCACUGGUUGUUAAGAACGUUUUAGUAAUCUACUCUGUAAAAUAACUGAUACUACGAAAGCCCCGUUUGGUUGAAAACCUAUUGUUUAGUGAGCCAGUAAACCCAUAGGAAAUUGAAACAUCAUAAGUUUAUUAUUGUAAUUGACCGCACUUCUUGCGGUUUCAUGGGGUAAUAACCCACGCGGUCUCUAGCUCGUGAUUAAUAAC